AUGGACAGACGGUUGUCAUUUUCUAAAUCCCACUCACUCUCCCAUUUAAAUUGGAACGAAUAUUGAUAAAAUUUCAAUUUUAGGGUAAAUUAGUUGCCUUUAAAUUGGAGUAAAUUUUGUUUUUUCAUUGAAAAUUUUAUAUGUAAAAAUAAUAUUUUAUACAACUAAUUUAAUGGGAGGAAUGCAAAUAGAAUGCUAUAUUAGCAGUCGUUAGCAUACUCAAUCAAUUAAUCUUUUGAAUUAAUUCUUCAUUAAAAAUUUAAAAAUAGCUGGUUUCAAAUUAUAUUUUUUAUUAUGAAAAUUUUAUAUCAAUUUUCUUUUCAAAAAAAAAUAACCCUUUAAUUGGAACGGUUUUUUUGCUCAAAUAAAAAAGGCGGGGGGUUAGUAGCGGUCUUAAUUCCACGAAGAAUGUCAGACAGUGUCGUUUUUUCAGACGAUGCAGCAAUUCAAUCACGGAAAUUUCAAAUACAAAAAGUAAAAAAAUCCAAAUACAAUAUGACAGAUCGACAUGACUUAGCAGAAGACGAAAUUAAGUUAAUUUUUUCUAUUUUGGAUCCAAUUAAGAAUGGCCAUUUAACCCCAGACGAUUUAUAGGGCUUUCCCUUGAAUAGCCCUAUAACGGGAUGAAGCCAGCCCGUUAUCGGGCUAUUUAAGGGAAAGCCCUAUAUUAAUUACAUUAAAGCAAUCUGACGAAUCAAUCGCAAAUUCUGACAUAAAAACAUUUUUUGACAUUGUGGAUGAAGACUUGGAUUCUAUUAUUACAUAUGAAGAAUUUUAUACCUUGAUGAAUUCUUAA